CAAAACCCGCAUCCAUCCCGCCAUCUCUUUGGAUCGUCACUCCCACAGAUAUAAUUUAUUCAAAAAAGAUUGAAUAAAUACAGUGAGGAGUGAGGAGGAGAUCGACGUCUGCUGUUGUUGCAGCUGCUUGGAGCGGAAGAUUGUGCUCCGGCGUGAUGGAUCAGCGCAUGGUGGAUUCUGAUCGUAGAGCUUCUCCGGAAUGCAGAAAUCCAAGUAGCAGCGAUUACGAGGUCAAGAGCUGUGGGGCAUGCCGAACCACCGAGACGCCCCUUUGGCGAUCGGGCCCUGACGGCCCCAAGACGCUCUGCAACGCGUGUGGGAUCCGAUACCGGAAGAACAAAACAGAACCGGGAAUGAAGGCGAAGAAGGAGAAGAAAGAAUUGUUCCUGGAGGUCCAGAUGCCGGGAUUGGGGCUGAGAAAGAAGCGAUCUGUUAUCCAGAAGCAUUGGAGGAGGUGGUGGCGGAGGAGCAUGAUUGGGGAAGAGGAGCAGGCUGCUGUCCUCCUCAUGGCUCUCUCCUAUGGCUUGAUUUAUGACUCGAGUUGAGUGCUUCUUCAAUAUCUUUCAUCCCUAUGAUCUACUUGACUACUUUCUCCAAUCCUGUAGAUUCAUCCAUGCAAGAUCCAGCUCCAUUUCAAUAAAAAAAGAUAGCAAUUUCCUCAUUGCAAAACGAGUAAAUGGCCAAAUGCUGCAAUUGAUUUUUGAUCCAUGGUUCCAUGGAUGAAGUUGUUAAUGCCAUUGGCUUUAAAUGUCUCAUACAAUUGAAUUGGUUAGUUCAACUCGAUGAGUGCCAAAUUCCUAAUUCGAUUGUGAAAUGCAUUUCUCAGGUUCACUGAUUCAACUCCUUGAUCUUGUUUUCAAAUUUCUUUGGUAAUCAUUGACAUGUAAAAAUGGCCAUUAAACACUUUCAUA